AAUACAUACAACUUGAUUUUCCUGUGUUGAGUUUUCGGGACGUAUUUUUCUCGUUUGAGAAUGUUAUCAAAAUAGAUAACGAUUAUGUUGCUUUAUAAUUCUCUCACCAACAGGUGGUGAAAUCGCACCAGAGCGUGCUUAUAAUUUAAUUUAAAGUUUUCGUUUGACAUGGCAUUGCCGUGACCGGGACCGCGUUGUGAUAUUUUUAUUAUUUCACUUUAUAAAAGGCGUGCAAUUAUUUUGUUAUGUAACGUUUAUAGUAGUGUUUUCGGUGUUGUAUUAUCAUAAGAAUGAUGAGGACAGUGGCUCUGAUCAGCGGCGGCAAGGAUAGCUGCUACAACAUGAUGCAGUGCGUAGCCGCCGGGCACUCCAUCGUGGCUCUGGCCAAUCUCCAACCGAUACAAAAAGAUGAACUGGACAGCUACAUGUACCAAACUGUGGGCCACCAGGGUAUAGAUUUGUAUGCUGAAGCCAUGGGCCUUCCCCUCUACCGGGAGGCUAUAACUGGUGUGGCUGUUGACCAGGGUAGGAACUACCAACCGACGGACAAUGAUGAGGUGGAGGAUCUGUUCAGGCUACUAUCCAGGAUUAAGGAUGAAUUAGAUAUAGAAGCUGUGGCUGUGGGUGCAAUCUUGUCAGACUACCAAAGAAUUAGAGUUGAAAAUGUGUGCCGAAGGUUAGGUCUAGUCACAUUGGCAUAUCUCUGGAGGAGGAAUCAGAAGGAAUUGCUCCAGGAAAUGAUAGCAUCCGGGAUUGAAGCUAUAAUCAUCAAGGUCGCCGCCCUAGGCCUUGAUCCUAGGAUACAUCUUGGCAUGAGCAUUCGGGACAUACAACCUCAUUUACUACUAAUGCAAGAGAAGUACGGACUGAACGUGUGCGGCGAAGGCGGCGAGUACGAGACUUUCACUCUGGACUGUCCGCUGUUCAGGAAGCGGCUCGUUAUAGACGAAAAAGAAACUGUCAUCCACACUGACGACCCCGUUGCUCCAGUCGGCUACUUGAACCUCAAGCUCCACUUAGAGCCGAAAGACAAUACGGAACUGAAACUACCUCCGAACGUGAAGAACUCCCUGGACUUUGUGGGCGACCUCAGCGACACCGUGUUCAGUGAUCUCAGUGACAUCGAACUCAGCGAGGCGGAGAUCGACUCUAUUGAGAAGAUUGAGAAGGAGGAGAAGAAGAAGCAAAAGGAACUGAACCCGUUGCUCACAUACUCUGGAGACAGGACUGAGGCCGUGGACGAGGACAAGACGGAUGAAACUGACUGCAUAGACGGAUACAGCUAUGAAGAACCUUUGGAAGGGUAUACGCACGUAGUAGAGGACCACAGGACCAUAUACGGGAACAAACAUGGAUGGUACUACAUCGGCGGUGUAACCGGCGACGGGGCGGACACAGUCCUGGCGACUGAGGACGCGAUGAAGAAACUCAUUAAUCUCCUGGAUUCGGAAGGCAUGUACUUAACAGAUAUAUGUUCGGUCAACAUAUAUAUGAGGGAUAUGAACGAAUAUUCGGCGCUUAACGACAUAUACGUGAAACACUUCAGCUUCCAAAACCCGCCUACGCGAGUUUGCGUACAGUGCCCUCUACCGGCGGACGUGGGACUUAUUUUAGACGCCGUAGCGCACAAAAACACGCCAAACAACGAGACUGAGCCGCCGAAGGAGCGAAUGACGAUGCACGUCCAGGGAAUAUCGCAUUGGGCGCCGGCCAAUAUUGGACCUUACAGCCAAGCUAUAAAGGUGGGCGAGGUGAUCGGCACGUGCGGGCAGAUCGCGCUGGUGCCGGGCAGCAUGGCGCUGCUGCGCGGCGGCGCGCGCCGCCAGUGCGCGCUGGCGCUGCGCCACCUCGCGCGCGUGCUGCGCGCCGUCUGCGCGCGCGCGCACAUCCGCAGCGUGGUGCAGAGCGUGUGCUACAUGACGCACGGCGGCUGCGUGGGCGAGGCUCGCAGACAGCUGGAGCGGCGCACGGCCGGCGCCAUCGUGCAGUACGCGGUGGUGCAGGCGCUGCCGCGCGGCGCCGCGCUCGAGUGGCACGCCUGGGCGCACACCGACAACAACCGGUUCGAGUAUGAAGAAACAGGUUGUAACGUGGGCGAGUACAAAGUGGCCAUCACUCGGAGGUGGAACUACGAGAACACAGUCGCUGCGUUUGUGUGUUACGUCGCUACAGGUUCUUCACCAUCAACGUGUCAGCUAUCGUUUCCAAGCGAGGAAGCUUGCCUGUCUCACCGUCGGCUCGCCGCGGCCAUGUCGCAAUCGGACGUGGAACAAGUGUUGGAGUACGCGCUCAACAAGUUGCGCAACAAGCCGCCCGGCAACUGUGAGGAGACCGCGCUCAAGAUGAGGAUAUUCUAUCAGGUGUGGAGUUCCCCCAGUGCCGCCACUCUGGUCUCGGCGCUGGAGAACGUCCGAGCGAGACUGAACGUCCGCGCGGCCGCCACGUGCGUGCCCGUGCUCGCGCUACACAACGCCUUCACUUUCCUGUCCAUUAGCGGGUUGAGACUGGACGAAUGAACUGAACAGGUUUUCUCCUCAACAAAUAAGAAUUCAGAUGCUUUAUUGCCGGUUUAUAAAAUAUAUUUGCUGAAUAUUUUCAGUGUUUAUGAAAAUUUUGUUAUUACGCUACCGAGUUUACCGUACUGUAAGUCAAAUUAUAUAAAUUAUUUUUUAUUGCA